AUGGAUCCCAGACUUGGAACUGCCUAACGAAUGCAAAUGGGUGGUGCUAAUAAUAACAACCGCAUGACCACCGCCAUGCGUCAAGGCACUGCUGCUAGAAGAGAAGCCAAUUUCUCAGGAGUAGGACAAAAUACUAAGGUCUCAGUUGUCGAGAGACCCAUUACUAACCAUGGAGUAGGUGGAGUUCUUAAGACUGCCGCAUAAGGUCCAGGUAGACAGAUCUAUGACAGGACAUAUUUCAAUAAUCUAUUGAAGUAGAAGAACACUGAGAUCAUGAAUGAAAUCAACAAGAUGAAGCAGGAAGUAGAGGACAUUAAUAAAGACAAUUCUACUUAUCUAACUCUUGAGAAGAAGUACGAAACUCUUAUUAAGGAUGUAAGAAAGUACGAGGGCGAGUUGGCUGACUACAACUUGGCUUUGGACAAGUACAGAUCUGAUACCAAGCCAGAGGACAUUGAAGCUCUCUUUAUGCACAUCAAAAACCAAAAUGACAAGCAAAGGUCUCACCUAGAUAAUCUUUUUGCUGAGAAGAGAGAUAUGGAGAAUGAGAUCGGGAGAAUUGAGUCACAAAUCCAAGAGAUUAACUUUGCCAAUGAGGCCAGAUUGAAUGAUCUUGAUCCAGAGCAGAGAAACGAAUAUGAAAAGUUGAAGGAAGAGAACGGUGGCUUAUAGCAGGAUAUCAACCAGAACAGAAGUGAUCUCGAAGAGACUACAGCCAGACUUGCAUAAGCUGAGACCAGAUUAAAGCAAGAUAACUUAAAGCAAAGAGCUCAGCAUCUAAAAGAAGAAAAAGCUACUCUGACCAAGAGAAAGGAAGAUUUGGAACUGUAGACAAAUGAGAUGAACCUUCCAUUCCCCGAGGCAAGAGAGCGUCUCCUGAACAGAAUUAAGCAGGAUAACGCUGAGAUCAAGUAAGCUGAGAAGGAUGUUGCAGAUAUCCGCAGAAUUAUUGAGACCUAUUAGCGUAACAUUAAGGAGAUUGAGCAAGACUUACAAGAAAAGAAGUCUGACGAGAAUGAGGCAUAGAAGUAUGAAAUUCUCUAUCAAAAGGAGAAGGAAAUCAAUGAAUUUAUGCAGUCCUUCGAGGAUGAAAAGAACACCUAUGAGCAACAGAUAGCUACUCACUAGUCAACAAUCGCUGCAUUACUUGAGCACAUGCAAAAGAAUAUGGCCAGACAAAACAAACUUCCAACUGCUGCUUAGUACAAAGAUCAAAAGGAAGACUUGGCUUUCAAGCAAGGAUAAUUGGAAAACGCUGAAAACACCUAUGCUAGACUGAAGGUUGAGCUGGAACAGAGACAAAAUGAUCUUGAGAAGAUUAAGACUCUCGAGGGUAGAAUCGAAAAGGAAAUGCAGUAAGUCACUGAGAAAAUUACAGAGAUGGAAGAUGAGAUGAACAACAAGUUCACUAAGACGGAUGACUUGAAGGUAGUGUUUGACUAGGAGAAGGUUAGACUUGCCUCAAUUAGAACCGUCAUCUCUCAGUAUAAGCCAGGUCUUUCAAAGCAAAUGACUUACCAUUCAAUGAAGCAUGAUACUAAGAAGAAUCAGAUCCUCUAAAGUGACAUUUAUAACAGACUUAACGACAUCGAGAAGAAGUUGAUCAACAACGAAUCACAAAUCUAUGCGAUCUAACAAUACAUAGAAUCCAAGGGAGCAGAGUCGAACUACCAGGGUGCUUUCUAGGACUGCAUGGCUCUGUGCAGCGACAUUAACAUGGAUCUGAUAAAGAAAUCGCUGAGUGUCUAGUGA